AUGGUUCGCGAGACUAAGUUCUAUGACCUUCUGGGUGUCUCACCUGAUGCAUCAGAUCAAGAACUUAAGAAGGCAUACCGAAAGUUGGCACUUAAAUAUCACCCAGACAAGAAUCCUGAUGCAGGCGACAGAUUUAAGGAAAUCUCACGUGCUUUCGAAGUACUUUCUGACCCGAAGAAGCGCCGCAUUUAUGACGAAGGAGGAGAAGAGUCACUUAAGGAAGGGGGCGGAGGUGAAAGUGGCUUCCACAACCCCAUGGACAUAUUUGAAAUGUUCUUUGGUGGAGGUAUGGGCAGAAGCCGUGGACCACAAAAGGGGAGGGAUUCAGUUACUCAGCUCCAGGUUUCCCUGUCAGAGAUGUACAACGGCUCUGUUCGCAAGCUAGCUGUCACAAAACGGGUUAUCUGCCCUAAGUGUGAUGGGAAAGGAGGGAAGCCUGGCGCCAUACAACAGUGCAGGGAUUGUCGCGGAACUGGUGUGCAGUCCCGUGUUCGCCAACUUGGGCCGGGUUUCAUUCAAGAGGUACAGUCUACGUGUUCCGCUUGUCGCGGCGAACGAGUAGUAAUCGAUGAAAAGAAUAAGUGCAAGAGCUGUGAUGGAAAAAAAGUUAUUAGUAGUAAGAAGCAGCUGGAAGUUCACAUUGACAAGGGGAUGACCGACGGGCAAAACAUCCGUUUUGCUGGUGAGGGUGAUCAAGAGCCGGGAAUCGAGCCAGGGGACAUCGUUAUCACCCUUGAUGAGCAGCCACAUGAGAGCUUCGUUCGCCGUGAUAUGGACUUAAUCCUUGAGCUCAAAAUAUCCCUCUCUGAGUCUUUGUGUGGUUUGGAGCGUACAAUCAAGACUCUGGAUAACAGAGUCCUCGUAAUUCGAACUAUGCCUGGUGACGUCAUCCAUACUCCUUCUUUCCGCUGUCUCGAGGAUGAAGGCAUGCCCCGCUACAAAAAUCCCUUUGAAAAGGGUCGGCUUGUGAUACAGUUUACAGUUCAAUUUCCACCCAAUGAUUUUCUUUCGCAAACCAAAUUGAGUAUACUCAGAGAACUCCUCCCAUCGCCCCUUCAAGUCGAUGUUGUACCAGAUGACGCGGAGGAGUGCGUUUUGCAUGAAUUCGAUCCAAAGCGUGAUUUUAACAGAUCUGGCGGACGUAGAGGCGAAGCUUAUCAAACCGAUGAUGAUGACAACUGCAGGGGACAACAGCGUGUUCAAUGUGCUUCAUCAUGA